GCCAAUCCAAGCAGACCUGCCGCCAAGAAGCCCGGCCCGGCGGCCGGCCUUGCUUCAAAAGUCACGUCUUCGCGGUAGCGCUCAAGCCGAGUCAGAUCCAUUCGUCUCCGAGCUCCUCGGAAAGCAGCGGCGCAAUAUCUGGUGUUUUGGGGAGCGGGCUUCUUGUUGGUUGAAAUUGUAGGCAUUGAUCGGACAGGCAGAGGCGGCUUUCCUUUCCACAAUCAGUUGUCACCGCGUGCAAGCCGCCUUCUUGAUCAGCUCAAAAGUGCAUUGCAGCCAUGGCGCUCGCCAAGGAGCUAGAUAUCGUGAUUCCCACCAUCAGGAAUCUCGACUUCCUGGAGAUGUGGCGGCCUUUCUUCCAGCCAUAUCACCUGAUCAUUGUUCAGGAUGGUGACCCCACCAAGGUAGUCAAGGUCCCUGAGGGCUUUGACUAUGAGCUGUACAACAGGAAUGACAUCAACCGCAUCCUAGGGCCCAAGGCAUCCUGCAUCUCAUUCAAGGACAGCGCCUGCCGCUGCUUCGGGUUCAUGGUGUCGAAGAAGAAGUACAUCUUCACAAUUGACGACGACUGCUUCGUUGCCAAAGAUCCCUCAGGCAGUGACAUCAAUGCCUUGGAGCAGCACAUCAAGAACCUGCUCAGCCCCGCCACUCCUUAUUUCUGGAACACCCUCUAUGAUCCUUACAGACCUGGUGCCGACUUUGUGCGUGGGUACCCUUUCAGCCUAAGAGAAGGUGUGCCUACCGCCGUCUCCCACGGGCUGUGGCUGAACAUCCCUGAUUAUGACGCCCCCACCCAGCUAGUCAAGCCAGCGGAGAGGAACACGCGCUUCGUGGAUGCUGUGAUGACCAUCCCCAAGGGGACGCUUUUCCCAAUGUGCGGCAUGAACCUGGCCUUCAACAGGGACCUGAUCGGGCCCGCCAUGUAUUUUGGCCUCAUGGGAGACGGACAGCCGAUUGGACGGUACGAUGACAUGUGGGCCGGGUGGUGUGUCAAGGUGAUUGCUGACCACCUUGGGUACGGUGUCAAGACCGGGCUGCCUUACAUCUGGCACAGCAAGGCCAGCAAUCCCUUCACCAACCUGAAGAAGGAGUACAAGGGCAUCUUCUGGCAAGAGGAGAUCAUCCCCUUCUUCCAGGCCGUCCAGCUGUCCAAGGAGGCGGUCACGGUGGAGCAGUGCUACUUGGAGCUCGCGGAGCAAGUGAAGGACAAGCUCUCUGCCAUUGACCCAUACUUCACGAAGCUCGGGGAGGCCAUGGUCACGUGGAUUGAUGCGUGGGGCGAGCUGAACCACCCCAACGCCAAGGCGCCCGGUGGCUCCCUGAACAGCGCAUCAGGCGGACCACCAUCUGUCAAUGGGCCUGCCAAGCCGCCAGUCCCACCUGUGAAGAAGCCUUAGAGGACUCUACGCUGACAAUAGGACCAUUGAAUCUUUGCCUACAUUCCAAGUACGUUGUCUUACAGGCUUCGGAUCAUAAGAUUGGGAAGCCUGACCGCCAUCACCAGAGGCCUCGCGAGGGAAGUAUACAGGAAAGUUGUGGUCGCAACAUUGGCAGUCUGAAAAAGUCAUUGCGUUGACAAGAGUGGUGAAUACCCCUUUGUUAGGGCGUUGGCAGGGAGCGUCGUUUCACGUGCGAAACAUCUACAUUUUUUUCAAACCGGCCGUCAAUACCAUUUGCAAGAUGUGGGUGUGAAAGGCAAAUUGUCCUAAGAGAGCAGCAAAAGGCGAACUGCAUGGCUGCAAACGUUCUGCAACAAUGUGCUGAUCAAGUUGCCUGUGAUGCCUAU